CUGAAUCACUGUUUGCAGCUGGAGGUUCGGGUGCACGUUUUACGAUAGCUUUGGCUUUAUUUUCAGCUGAAAAUUCUAUUUUUUCACCGUUAUCUAAUGAUGAACAACAAUCAUCUGUUACAACUACUUCCUUCCAACUUUCUUCAGAAGAUGAACAAACUCUUGAUAUUUUAUCUGAUCACUCACCAUUAACUAGUUCUAUUUCCUUACCUGCACCUCUUGAUAUUGCUAAGCUUAUGGGUAGAUAUGAUAUUCAGUCUACACAAGAAAAUUCUAAUAAUAAGAGUAUUCAAAGUGAAGAAGAACAGAACACUGACGUAGAGACAAAGGUUAUACAUGAACAAUCACCUUCUGCUGUGGCUACUAGUUCUUGG